AUGGCCUCCUCUCUACCACCAAUCUUCUAUCAUUAUUUUCACUCUCCUCUGCCCUACAAGCGAGCGUUUGCCCUCCAGGAGCAGAUACAUGCACUUCAGCUGGAACAACGUCGUUUGUCGUCGUCCUACAAGGAUAUUCUCCUUCUCCUGCAACAUACACCUGUGUACACGUUCGGACGCCGACAAACUCAGGCUGAAAUCGAUGCCGAGCAGGCGCGCUUACGUCGUCUGAAUGUAGAUGAUGCAGAAUUCAUCCUAACUCAAAGAGGGGGUCAACUCACGUACCACGGACCUGGGCAAAUCGUAGGCUAUCCGUUGAUAGACCUGGGGAGAUGGAAGCCGCCAUUGGGAGCACGCGACUACGUGUGCAAGAUACAGAAGACGCUCGAGAGACAACUGAAGGAAGGACAUAACAUAUCCUACAUCCCCUCGCAGCACACCGGUGUGUUCCUCGACGAACAGACCAAAAUCGCGAGCAUAGGUGUGCAGGUCCGGCAUCGCCUGACGACCCACGGAUUUGCGAUGAACAUCACGAAGGAACCGUUGGCAUACCUGGACAAGAUUGUUGCUUGCGGCUUGGUGGAUGUAAAGCCUGGCUGCAUAGAGGUGGCUGCUAGCAAGCCAGUCUCGGUAGAGGGUGAGAUUCCGGGAUUGGUGCGGAGAUUCGGAGAGAUGGUCGGGAGAGAGAUGGUCGAACUGAAUACAGCCUACGAUGAUGCCUUCUCGUCGGCCAUAGUGCAGGCAGAAAAGGAUGCAGCAUUGUGAACGGUUACAAUUGGUAUUCGGUGGUCAUCAAUACAGUUUAAUGUUGGCAUCAUUGUUAUGUUUGCCUUCUCCAUGCUGCCGCUGCCGGGGCAUUCAUGGUCCCAAAUCGUGGACAAACCGAAAAUCUGGAG